CGAGUUGGAAAAGCGCGGGCAAAACAGUCCACCAUUUCGUUAAAUCGAAAUCCGGUACUUGUUGCGUGCACGACUCGUGUUCAACGUUCCGACGCUCAUUCACUCUGCACGGUUUGCAGUAUUUUAUCGGUUUUUAAAUAGACGUAAAGAAACGAAAUUACGAUGUUCGAAGCACGUUUAGUUCAGAGUGUAAUCCUAAAGAAGGUCUUAGAGGCAAUUAAGGACCUACUAACCGAGGCUACCUUCGAAUGCUCCGAUUGUGGCAUCCAACUACAAGCCAUGGACAACGCUCACGUUUCUUUGGUUUCUCUCAAUCUGAGAAGCGACGGAUUCGAUAAGUACAGAUGUGAUAGGAACCUGUCAAUGGGUAUGAGCGUACCUUGCAUGUCAAAGAUUCUACGAUGCGCCAGCUCGGAGGACACGGUGACUUUAAGAGCGUGGGACAAUCCAGAUACUAUUGUCUUCGUAUUCGAAUCUCCAAAUCGUGAUAAGAUUUCGGAAUAUGAGAUGAAAUUGAUUAAUUUAGAUCAGGAGCAUCUUGGAAUUCCUGAAACUUUGUACUCUUGUGUAGUCAAAAUGCCAUCUCAAGAGUUUGCUAGGAUAUGCAGAGAUCUAAGUCAAUUUGGUGAUGCCAUGACUAUAGCUUGUUCCAAAGAGGGUAUUAAAUUCAGUGCGGCUGGAGAUUACGGAACAGCAAACGUGAAGUUGGCACAAACAGCCGAGACAGAGAAUCAAGAGGAAGCUGUGGUCGUUGAAAUGAAGGAGCCAGUUAAAUUGACAUUUUCAUGCCGCUACCUAAAUUCUUUUGUGAAAGCGACUCCGCUUUGUGCUCAAGUCCAAUUAUCAAUGUCAGCCGAAGUUCCAUUGGUAUGCGAAUAUCAGAUUGGAGAAAUUGGCCAUAUCAGAUACUACUUGGCACCCAAGAUUGACGACGAAGAAGAAAAUUAAUGGAGCUCCAUUAAUUUGGAGAAUCAUUCGUUUGUAAAAGACUUUUACUUUAAUUAUUUGAUAAUUACAUUUUUCACGAUAGUUCAUGAAUUUCAAUGUUGUGCCUAUUCUUUCAAAGUGUUGUAGUUUCUUGAAAAGUGAGCCACUCCUUUAUCAGUUAAUAUGGACAGUAUUGGCGAGAAAGAGUUCUUAUCUUCAAAAAUACGAAAUAAGUAAUUGGGAUAAAAAUUGAGGAGGAGGUGGCCGAUUAGGUGUAGCACGAGGAGAAAAGCUCAUAGAAAUUACGUGUACUUUGAAGGUAAUAUAUUAUUCAAAAUGUACAGUUAAAAGUUAUUUGGCUCGUCACAGUGUUAGCGCAACGUAGAAUUGACACUAAAGUUCGUAGAAGGGUGACACGUUCAUGAUUAGUAAGAUAAAAUGAUGUUGUAUCGUAAGUUUUAUAUCCUCCCUUGUUUUACUGUGACCGUAUUUUGAUAGCAUCGCAUUUGUAACACGUAAGAAGAAUCCAAUACAUUUCCAAAAUUUUUUGAUAAA